AGUGGAUUAAUUGAGAUGUGUACAAGUUGACUGGACACUGCCGUUAUUAACAAAAUGUGAAAUUAUUGGCUUGUUUACAUUACGAAAUUUGGGAGUCUAGAAGAAACUCUUUAAAAUAUAUUCUGAUGCUCCUUGUUUAUUAUUUUCUCAGAAAAUACAUGUUGCUCACUUCCCUUUGUAAGCUUCCUCUAGCCUUCAACUCUUGGUUCCACCACUGUUCCCAAUUGCUACUGAGAAGUGAGAACAGAUUUAGCUGGCUUUGCCUACUUUUUGUUCAUGCAUUUUUUUCUUGUGGACUUAAUAGUCUUUUUUGGGCACUUCUCCACCUGAAAAUGUAAUGCCUUGCAUGUUCUAUGUUUCAUAAAUAAUGGAAUUCCUGGGUUUGUUAAGCAUCUCAUAUGUUUACAGGGUGUUUUAUUUCUUUGGUGGUCAAGAGGAUAAGGAAAGCUUUUCAGCAUUAUCUCUUAGUUUCAAUAUAUUUUGAGGCUUAGACAUGGCAGAAAAAGCAUGUGUAAAGCACCUUCAGAAGGAAUAUAGAGCACUUUGUAAAGAACCUGUCUCCCAUAUUGUGGCCUGCCCUUCUCCAAAUGAUAUCCUUGAGUGGCAUUAUGUUUUGGAGGGGAGUGAAGGAACACCAUUUGCAGGUGGAUAUUAUUAUGGGAAGAUCAAGUUUCCUCCAGAAUAUCCAUUUAAGCCUCCAGGGAUCAGUAUGACUACUCCAAACGGAAGAUUCAUGACACAAAAGAAAAUCUGCUUAUCUAUGAGUGACUUCCAUCCAGAGAGCUGGAAUCCAAUGUGGUCUGUGUCAAGCAUACUCACAUUUAUGAUGGACAAUAGUCCUACCACAGGCAGUGCAUCAACAACAGUUGCUGAGAAAGAGAAACUCGCUAAGGCAUCUCUGGCUUUUAAUUGUAAAUAUAUGAACAGCAGCAGAGCUCCAAUCGCAGCCUGUUCCAGAGCAGGCAUAAUCCAUGCCAGCUGGAGCAGAAACGUCUAGACCCUUGUUGGAAGAGCAUGGAAAUUCCACAAAGGAUGAAGUGAAUAGAGUGAAGCCUCUAAAAGACGUUAAAAACCAGCAGAGGAAAUCUUGUCCAACUUGGUGGUUGCUGUUGCUAGUUUCAAUUUUUGGUGUUGCAAUGGCCCUGCCUCUGCUUCAGCUUUGAUGAUUGGAAUCUUGUUUUGUGUACUUACUAUGGUGAAGAACAGACACCCUAUAUAUCGCAGUGGAUAUGUAGUCCUGAUAUUUAACCUAAUUUUACAGGUUUUUGAUUUACGAUCUAACUAAUCUCUUAAUCUAGCUAGUGCAAGUCAGUAGAAAGACAACAUAAUGCGCUUUUAUUGUGAAGGGCUCGGAGUUGCAGGAGGCAUCCUUUGCUUUUUCCGUUCAUUGUUUGAAAAUGUGGGUUUAUUCUUUUUUUUUUUUGGCAAGUGUAGUUAAAGGUCGAGCCAUGGUAAAAGUGCGUAAAGUCCAUGGUUCUUUCUGGCAAAAUUAUCUGGAUCUGGUAUAGUGUGAAAAUAGUGAUCCUUUGGCUGACUAAACCAAUUAUUUCGUGACAAGCCCAUGCAUGGUUUUGUUUAUACUUGUUCACUAAAAUCUGAGUUUUUCUAAUGGUAAAACAAUGAAAAGGAUAAUUUAUUAUUUAUUACCAUUUAACAUAUGGUAAUUAUGUAAACAGAGAUGAAAAUCCAAUACAAGUGCUUCCAUUAUUAGUAAGAGCCAUGCUUGAACCAUGACUCCCAUAUCAACCCAUCUUUUCUUCACUAGGUAAUUAUAAAACCCUCUAGCCUUAAACUCCACUCCGAAAAUUGCGCCGUUAAAUUCCCAUCUUAGUACACACAUUUUAUUUAUUUAGAAAUAAAUAUAGUAUAUAGUCUAUGCAGUGGAGACAAGAAAUCAGAAGUUCACAAAAAGUUCCUACUUUUGCUAUUUAAUUACUCCAUGAGAUAUGAUUAGUCUCUCCUACUCUUGUUACCAACUUCUUAAGAUUAAUUUCUUCAUGAAUUUAAAUCCCCACUUCACUCCAGAGGAGCUCAAGAGUCCACUGAAGCAGCUCUUUUACUAGGAGCAAAGGAUGAACAAGUUUCCCAUAUACCCAAAAUAUGAAGCUGGGGACUAUUGUGGCUACGAGUUUGAUCCUCAGACUGACUAUACGGAUUUCUUGUCAGAAGCAAGAAAACAUGUAUCUGAAGGGAGCCUACAAGUUCUGUUGAAUUGAGAAACAACAAUUUUGAAAAUGAUGUAAAGAAAACUUGCAAGAAGUCAUGGAGCAAGUUCUCUGUUUUCAUGGCUGAAGACUGAUAAAAAGAAGAAUCAGAGGAUCAGAGAAACUUCAAAAGGCUCCACCAUUAACAAGCCGAGCGUGGAUGUGUCUCUGGUCCAAUGCCAGGAAUCAGUGGGCCGGGUACUAUAGCUGGCAAGCCUAAUAAGCCUUUGUCUGGACACCUCACAAGUCUGUUCAGUUCAAUGAACAGAGUGGACAAUGAAAUACCUUAUCUAUGUCUUAAGAAGGUUAAGGAUAGUACUGCUGAUGUUCAAUCUUAUGGACCUGUUUAUCUAGCAACUUAGGAUUGCAAAGGGUAGGUUUAAUUUAGCUGCUAAAGGUAUGUGUGAAUUUAUGUGUUUUAAAUUCCAUUUGUGUGAGGUGAAUGCUAACAAAUAUCAUUUGCAUUUGUUGCAUGGAA